AUGGGAAGGUAUCGAAGCCGAAGCAGAAGCUAUAGCCCUCGCCGACGAAGCAGGACCCCACCGCCACAGCCACCGCCACCGCGCGGUCGCAAGCGUUAUGUCGAGGAUCGCUAUGUUGACAGCAGGUCAUACAGAGACAGACGCUCACCUCUUCCUUCCGGCUUGCUUGUUCGUAAUCUCCCUCUCGAUGCCAGGCCUGAGGAUCUUAGGAUCCCUUUUGAGCGCUAUGGUCCUGUGAAGGAUGUUUAUCUUCCCAAAAAUUACUACACUGGUGAACCCCGAGGCUUUGGAUUUGUGAAAUAUCGAUAUGGUGAAGAUGCAGCUGAGGCAAAACAACAUCUUAAUCACACUAUCAUUGGUGGACGGGAAAUAAGAAUUGUUUUUGCUGAGGAAAAUAGGAAAACUCCUCAAGAAAUGCGACUUAGUUCUCGAGGAAGUACUCGAUACGGAGGUGGUAGAAGGAGGAAUCGAUCUAGAUCGCCACAACGCCGAUAUCGUUCCUAUUCUCGGUCUCCAUCACCUGCUAGGGAUGAUUCAAGGGAUGACAGGGGUAGGGAUGAUUAUUAUUCUCCUGAGAGAUCUAGAUCUUAUUCUAGGUCUGUCUCCCCUAGUGCUGGGAAAGACUACAGGAAGUCCCCGCGUCUCAGGGAAAAUGGUCGGAGUCCUAAUGACAAGAAGGGUCAGACACCUAGCAGAUCCCAGAGUCCUAGGGGUAAUGAUCGCAGUCCUUCAAGGUCUCGAUCACGUUCAUACAGUAGCGCUCCUUCAAAUCCAUUCAUCCAUCCCUCCCGCAAUCUGUUACUGUCUGUGCCUGCUUCCUCCCUCUUUCUCUUCUAUAAAGAUUCUUCUUUCGCAUUCCAUACUCUUCACUUCUCUUUUCUCCUCAUCAUGGAUCUAUACGCGCUCUCUUCGUACUCUUCUUUUCUGAACCGUCCAACCCCUUCUUCUGAUCCUCGUACUUCACUUCCUCAACGGGGCCUCCAUUUCCCCGCCCAAUCCCAACACAUUCACAGGCUCAACCAGGCGAAGAAAAGGUCAAGUGGGGUUUAUGCCUCAAUGUCAGAGAAUGGAGAGUAUUAUUCCCAGAGACCGCCAACUCCUCUACUCGACACUGUAAACUAUCCAAUUCAUAUGAAGAAUCUCUCUACCAAGGAGCUGAAGCAACUAGCGGAUGAACUGCGUUCUGAUGUUAUUUUCAGUGUUUCUAGAACUGGGGGGCAUUUGGGCUCAAACCUUGGUGUGGUGGAACUCACUGUUGCCCUCCACUAUGUCUUCAAUGCCCCCAAGGACAAGAUAUUGUGGGACGUUGGUCACCAGUCUUACCCACAUAAGAUACUCACGGGUAGGAGGGACAAGAUGCAUACCAUCAGGCAGACAAAUGGGUUAUCUGGAUUCACCAAACGUUCUGAGAGUGAAUAUGAUUGUUUUGGCACUGGUCACAGCUCAACCACUAUUUCAGCAGGACUUGGAAUGGCUAUUGGGAGAGAUCUGAAGGGAAGAAAGAAUAACGUGAUUGCUGUUAUCGGUGAUGGUGCCAUGACAGCAGGGCAAGCAUAUGAAGCAAUGAACAAUGCUGGAUAUCUUGAUUCCGACAUGAUUGUUAUUCUGAAUGACAACAAACAGGUCUCUUUACCCACUGCUACUCUUGAUGGACCCAUACCACCUGUAGGAGCCCUGAGUAGUGCUCUCAGUAGAUUACAAUCAAAUAAGCCUCUUAGAGAAUUGAGAGAGGUUGCCAAGGGAGUUACUAAACGAAUUGGAGGUCCCAUGCACGAAUUGGCUGCAAAAGUUGACGAGUAUGCUCGUGGCAUGAUCAGUGGUUCUGGAUCAACACUCUUUGAAGAGCUUGGACUCUACUAUAUUGGUCCUGUUGAUGGUCAUAACAUAGACGAUCUUGUUGCCAUUCUCAAUGAAGUGAAAAGUACUAAAACAACUGGUCCUGUACUUAUCCAUGUUAUCACUGAAAAAGGCCGCGGAUACCCUUAUGCUGAAAAGGCAUCAGACAAGUACCAUGGGGUUACCAAGUUUGACCCACCAACUGGGAAGCAAUUCAAAUCCAAGGCUACCACUCAGUCUUACACCACAUACUUUGCAGAGGCUUUGAUUGCAGAAGCUGAAGCUGACAAAGACAUUGUUGCAAUCCAUGCUGCUAUGGGAGGUGGAACUGGCAUGAAUCUCUUCCAUCGCCGUUUCCCAACAAGAUGCUUUGAUGUGGGCAUAGCAGAACAGCAUGCUGUUACAUUUGCUGCGGGUCUGGCUUGUGAAGGUCUUAAGCCUUUCUGUGCAAUUUACUCAUCAUUCUUGCAGAGGGCUUAUGAUCAGGUGGUGCAUGAUGUGGACAUACAGAAGCUGCCUGUAAGAUUUGCAAUGGACAGAGCUGGAUUAGUUGGAGCAGAUGGUCCCACACAUUGUGGUUCUUUUGAUGUCACAUUUAUGGCUUGCCUCCCUAACAUGGUGGUAAUGGCUCCUUCUGAUGAAGCCGAACUUUUUCACAUGGUUGCCACUGCAGCAGCCAUUAAUGAUCGACCUAGUUGUUUCCGAUACCCAAGGGGAAAUGGCGUUGGUGUAGAACUACCAACCGGAAAUAGAGGAACACCUCUUGAGAUUGGAAAAGGAAGGAUAUUGAUCGAAGGGGAAAGAGUGGCUCUAUUGGGCUAUGGAUCAGCUGUUCAAAACUGUUUGGCUGCGGCUUCCUUAGUAGAACGUCAUGGCUUGCGCUUAACGGUUGCCGAUGCACGCUUCUGUAAGCCACUAGACUAUUCCCUGAUUCGCAGCCUGGCAACAUCACAUGAGGUUUUGAUCACAGUAGAAGAAGGAUCAAUUGGAGGAUUUGCUUCUCAUGUUGCUCAGUUCAUGGCCCUUGAUGGGCUUCUGGAUGGCAAAUUGAAGUGGAGACCAAUAGUCCUUCCGGAUCGUUAUAUUGACCAUGGAUCAGCUGCUGACCAAUUGUUUUUAGCGGGCCUCUCACCAUCUCACAUAGCAGCAACAGUGUUCAAUAUACUCGGACAAACAAGAGAAGCACUAGAGCUCACGUCAUAA